AUGGGUUCCAGCACGAGAAAAAAGAAGGAAAAGGCCAAGGACUUUGCAAAACCAAAGUUCAAGGUCGGAAAGACAAAGGUCAAGCCUGCCAACUUCACAGACACUAGCUUCAAAGCAAAGUCCAUUGCCAUGGGCCAUCAGAAGCUUUCGACUGAAGCCCCUGACAACGCAACCCAGUUCAAGCACAAUCUCUCUUUGGCCUCGACAUCACGAGCAGACAAGCAGCGUAAGGAGUCGUUGGCACAUCUGACUAGUCAAGUGUUGGCUGGCAACAACCCCGUCGGAACCGCAACAGUGUUGGGCAAGCUUCUGCCCUUGGUCUCCGACGCUUCGGGGCCGGUACGCACCCAGUUGCUGAAGCUUUUCAAAGCCCUACCCGACGCAGAAGUCAAGCAUCACGCCGAGAGGUGCAUCAUGUACACUCGCGCUGGCAUGACCCACCUCUCCGCCGACAUCAGCAAUGACUCCCUAUCCGUCCUCGAGUGGCUAUUGGAUGUCGCCGAAAACGAAAUCGUCAGCUGCCCCGGCGGCUGGGUCAAGACACUGAACAGCUUCUGUGCGCUGAUGGGCUGGACCGUCAAGACCAGCACCGGGUGGUCAACCGCACCCAAGACGGGUCUGCGGACCAAGGACGCGCAGUCUCAUGCAAGGCAGAUCGCCGUCCUGGCCAGGUUCCUCCAGGCCGGGCUCAAGCCUGAGAUCGCCGCGCCGAGCAAUCCCUAUGCUCGCGCCGACAACAUGUACCGCGUCCCUCGGACACCGAAUCCAUUUGCGUAUCUCAACCUCUUCGGAUCCCGCCGAGACGAGGAAGCCGAGAUGUACAACGACCGUGAAUCCCGGCAGCGUGUUUUCCACAGGAGGUUCUUGGACUCCUUCAACCGUGGCGUAGAGCAGGCCAAAAAGGAGGGCGGUGCCAUCGGAAGAUCAGCGGUCCAGAUGGACCUAGCCCUGACCGAGGGCAUGGGGGGAUAUGAGGCAACGUCCGCUGUUGAGCCUCAAGACCUCCUUGACUUGUGGUGA